GCCCCUGGUCUACGUCAUCUCUCGAGAACCGGUAAUCGCUUUCGCGACUCAGAAAGAUCUCUGCGGAUGCCGAGCCGACAGAGCGCGGUGCAUAGCAACGAGCGAGUAACACGCACGCGCAGAUAACAGUGGCCUUGUAAUUUUUUCCGAACGCGGGAUUCCAAGUAAACAGUGCAGAAUUCUAAUAACACUCGCUGCGUGAACGAGGCGACGCGCUGCCUCCGUCAUGGACGUGAGAAGCCAGUUUUUUUUAGGAGCUCUGUUGGUUUUCGCGGCCAGUCACCUGUGCAACGCCGAAAAUGAAAAACUACAAGUUGCAACCGGCAAAGGCGUGGUGCAGGGUCAUUAUUUGAAUUCAAGAGGCGGGAAGGAAUUCGUCGCAUUCCAAGGAAUUCCGUACGCCAAACCGCCUUUAGGGAAAUUACGAUUUAAGCCACCGCAGCCUGCGGAGCCAUGGGAGGGCGUCUUGAACGCCACCCAGGAUUCCAGCAUAUGCGUGCAAAGGAACAUCUACAUGGGGGGAACUGACGUUGAAGGUCAAGAGGACUGCCUCUACCUGAAUGUUUACACUCCGGAGUUGCCGGGCGGGGGAGGCGAGGCGCGACCGCGGCCGGUGAUGGUGUGGAUCCACGGAGGUGGUUGGCUGAGCGGAGGAGGGAUCUUGGGCUUCUACAGCCCGGCCCACCUCAUGGACAGAGACGUGGUUCUCGUCACUUUCAACUAUCGGCUUGGCUUUUUAGGCUUCAUCAGCACUGGAGACAAAGUUUGUCCUGGAAACAACGGCAUGAAGGACCAAGUGACGGCCCUUCGGUGGGUGCGUGACAAUAUAGCAGCAUUCGGAGGCGACCCUAACAGCGUUACUAUAUUCGGCCAGAGCGCCGGAGGGGCAAGUGUCCAUUACCACGUUAUAUCGCCAAUGAGUCGAGGCUUGUUCCAUCGAGCCAUUUCCAUGAGUGGUUCGGCUUUCUGCCCGUGGUCGUUUGCGCCCGGUGGCACCUCGAAGCAUCAGACAGAGAAACUGGCUGCCUUACUGAGCUGCCCCACCGACUCCAGCGAGAGCCUUAUGGCCUGCUUGGAGAAGAAAGAUGCCUAUGACAUCAUAGGGACAGAUUUAGCAUUUACGGAAUGGGACUGGCACCCGCAUGUUCCGUUCCGGCCAGUCAUAGAGUCAGAGGUGCCUGACGGAGAGGAAGCGUUCCUAGCCAAGGACCCCAGAGUUGCAGUGGCACAGAAGGACAUAGCACCCGUGCCUUGGAUGACAGGACUCACGUCCGCAGACGGGGCGCUCUUGGCUGUCGGAAUUUUCCAAGAUGAGAAGCUUCUUAAAGAAUUGAACGAUGACUUUGAUCGUAUUGCACCAAUCAUCCUAUUUUACAGAAACACUUCUAACAGUGUUGAUGAGAUCACCAAGAAAGUGCGGGAAUUCUAUUUGGGAGAACAGCCUAUUGACAGCAAUGCUGUUUACGAAGUAGUUGAUAUGUUCACCGAUGGCUUCUUUACGGCUGGCUUGGACGAGGCGGUGAAGGCACAUGCUACAGCUAAUGUGGCUCCUGUGUAUUACUAUGUCUUUGACUACCGUGGCACGCAUACGUACGCAUCUUUUGUUGGUGAUGCUACCCUUAAUGACUAUGGUGUGUGCCAUGGUGAUGAUCUUUUAUAUCUGUUUCCAUUUGGUCACUUUUUCCCUGGAAUAAUACCAACUGAAGAUGAUGAAAAAGUGGUUGAUAUUCUGACAACUUUGUGGUCAAACUUUGCCAGAUCUGGGAACCCGACACCCGAAGCCACGGACCUGAUACCCGAGCAGUGGCAGCCGGCUACGACCGGGGAGCAGAACUACUUCCACAUCAGCUCCGAAGUGUUCGCGAGCACCGACCUGCUCAGAGAGCGGGCAGAGUUCUGGGCCUCUCUCCCCAUCAGGGACAAGUACCUCACUGCAGUCAAGGAUGAGCUGUGACAGCAUCUCGCAGGGUGGGAGGGUAAAACAUAUCAUGUAACGAGACUUGGGGAGUAGGAAUCAAACAAGCUUUGGAUUUUAUGAAUUGAUUAAUCUGUUCACCACGAAGAAAACCUUGCAGCAAGCAGGUCGUGUCAACAAAUAUGAUUGAUUCCUUAGGGAUCGAAGUUAUUUCAUGGCAUAAGUGCCUCAAAAACAUUCAAACUUUUUUUUUUUUUUCAUUUUUUAUAAAAAUGCUUUUGUGCAUUCUUAGCUGCAUAUAAUAAAAUGUAGACAAAACUACACUAAACUAUGUAUUUACCUGAUAGAAGUGUACUGCAUGUCCCUGAAAAUGAGUCUCAUGCAGAAUGAUUAAUGACUAAUGUACUGUGAGGUCAUUAGAAUUCUGUAAUACUCAACUGUGAUUGAUCAAACCAUGCUAAGCAUAAUUGUUGAUAACUUCUUUUUUUCCAGCAUGAUUGAAACAUCAUUGCUACCGAAUUGUCAAAAUAAAUUUACUAAUGCAUUAAAA